AUGGUGGAUGCUGUGGCGAUCAAGGAUGCGGUCGAGGAAGCCGAGGCUAGCGCGGAAAUCAAGGUGCGUCUGACGGCUUCGAUCAGCUUCGGUUCCCCAUACCAAUGUGGGCCUGCACAGUCUCCCGCGCAAGCAUCGCACGUCCCCUCUCGCGUCGUUUCCCGGGCUCACACCCCGGCACGCGAUGUCUCCCAGGACAUCCCGUCGUCCCCACUCUCCCCCGCGCCUGAGUCGCCGCUUGGCGCUCGCGAUGUUGAUAUCGACAUCGAUGUCGAUGUCGAGUUACCGGCGCCUGCCGUGUCCAUCACCGAAUCUCUCCCGCCUGUGGCCGGUCCAAGUCGCGCCCCGUCGCUCGCUGCCGACGUCCUCGUGCCGGUGCCCCCUCGCAAACGGGCACGCAGGAACAGCGACGUGGACGUCUCCCAUGCAAAGUCAAAGUCGCGCUCCCUGCCUCCUUCAGAUGUCGAGAGCGAUGCGGAAGCGCAUCCGCCCAAGCCUCAGCCCCCGUCGAAGAAGAAGGCACGCAAGUCGGAGACCGUUCGCCCUCGGCAGAAACGGCCACGCGCGAUGAUCUCAGACGAUGAAACGGAUUCUGGCGAACCUGCUCCUGCACCGGUGGUCAAGAAGAAGGUCCGCAAGGAUAAGGCAAAAGGGGGCGACGGCGAGCGCAAGCGCGAGAAGCCCAAAGUCGCACGGCUCAAAAUCCAGGACGCCGUGUCCGACGGUGACGUCGAAAACGCGCCGGUGCGCUCAUCGAGUUCCGGGUCGAAGCCGCGCCCUCGUCCUAGUGUUAGGUCUGCUCCACGCAGUGCGACGAAUAUCGCGCUGAACGGCAGCACGCCCCUUCCCACCCCGGCACCGAUCCCUCUGCCGCAGUAUAACCUCCCGCUGCCCGUGGCGGAGCUCGAGGGCAUGCUCAUCGAGACCCUCGCCACUGCGCGCGCGUCGUCUCUCGCCACCGCUGCGCUCUACGGCGCGCUCAUGGCCGCGCGACCCGCGCUGCGCGACAUGGCGCUCCCCACGCGCGCGGACGCGGCGAGCCGGCGCGCGUGGGUGCCCGCGAUCGAAAGCAUGCUCGAGACCGGCUGGCGGCGGUGCGGGGUGUUCGGGAAGGUCGUGAACAGCGGCACGGGCCUCGCGGAUCACGCGCUCGCGCUCGAGGCUCGCUGGUUCUACGACCCCGAGCGGGACGAGGACCGGGAGCGGGCUGGGCUGGUGUCGAGCAUGAUGCGCCGGCCGGGGAAGCGCUCGGAGACGAAGAAGGCGAAGCAGUACUACUGGCGGCCGCUCCCCAAGAUCUCGCGCUGGGACCCAGAGGACGAGCUCUAG